CUCAAAGGAAAGAUAGACUAACAUGACGAGGAUUUUAGAUUGGUGCUUCUGAAGUUAUAGAGAAUUUAAGCUGAUAAUCGUUAUUUUAUAUAUGUCUAUGAUAAUCGCUUAUUAUUCUAAACAUCUGUUUUAAUAUGCAGCUGUUUUAAUAUAUAGGCUAAAUAGCCUAUUAACGCUUAACUCUCAAGUCAAGAUGUUUAUUUUCUAGCGAAUGCGAAUAGUGCAAUUAAGUUUUUUUAAAUUACUAUUAUUUUUUACUUUUAUGGUUAUUCGUGAGGAUGGAAAGGAUUAUAUCGUAAAAACAUCCUCGUAAGAAAUGGGAAAAUGGGAGUUGACAAUGGAGCCUGUUCAGGAGUGGGGCGAGGAGCAUGAAGAGGGGGCGGUGUUCGGGAUCACCCUGCGCAGAGAGCCGGUCCUGCAGUCAGCCGAGCCCACCGAGGGUUUCGUUCAGUACCGCACAUGUAAAGUGCGCAGGUUAAAAGCAGCCACACUGGACCGGCUGGUCUCUCACCUCGUGGACCCCUGCUGUCAGGAGCGAGACUACGGCAGAAUACUGCUGUCCACGUAUCACACAUUUACCAGCUCCAACAAACUCAUCGAGAUGCUCUUCCAGAGGGACAACUCUUCACUUGACAGCACCAGUUACCGUGACAGCUGUUUGUGGACUUUGCUCCAGAUGUGGUUGGACGAGUACAGUGAUGAUUUCAGGGAUCCUCCCAUGCACUCUUCUCUGCGUCUCAUGUGCUUACAGCUGAGAGGACACCCCUUUCUCUUCCCCCUGGCGAAACACUACGAAGCGCUCCUGAAGAAAUUCCAGACUGAAGAUGUUGUGGCAGAUUGUCCAGUUGAUUAUAUAGAGGAACCAGGCUUGAAUAAGGAGGCGAAUGACAUUGAGUCGGAUAACCUUGCCGAUUUCAUGGAUUUCUCCAUCACAGAUGUUGCAGAACAGCUCACCCGUAUGGAUACCGACUUGUUCAUGAAGGUGGUCCCUUUCCAAUGUCUGGGCUGUGUGUGGUCCCAACGAGACAAGAACGAGAACCUCUCACCCACUGUUUGGGCCACCAUCACCCAGUUCAAUGCAGUCACCAACUGGGUCAUCACUUCUCUCCUCCAUCCCUCGUCUUCCGCCUCUUCCUCCACAACCACAGAAAGAGCCAGAGCCAUUGAAAAAUGGGUUCGGGUUGCACAGGGGUGCAGAGAGCUGAAGAACUUCUCCUCUCUUAAGGCCAUUUUAUCUGCCCUUCAGUCCAACCCCAUCUACAGACUAAGGAAGACCUGGUCUGCUGUGAGCAGAGAAGCCGUAUCUGUCUUUGAGAACCUGAGCAAAACGUUUCCUGAUGAGAACUGUGUUCUGACCAGCAGAGAAAUGUUUUUGGAUAGCUCAGCUGGAGGAACAGUUCCAUACCUGGGCACGUACCUUACAGUAUUGAACAUGCUGGACACUGCCCUGCCAGACACUGUGGAGGGUGGCCUCAUUAAUUUCGAAAAGAGAAGACGGGAGUUUGAGAUUUUAAGGCAGAUCCGUCAGCUGCAGGCCUUGUGUUCUCAGUAUGUUUUACCCCGUCAUCCUCAGAUCGCCGCCUGGCUGCAGAGUCAGAAACUGCUGUCGGAUCAGGAGAGCUAUGAACUUUCCAGACAGCUGGAGUCUCCUCAUGACACGUCUCCAUCCAACAGCGGCUGGAGUCACCAAACUCUCACCAAAAAGCUCUCAUCGCUCUUGUCAGGAAAUGAGGGCUCCCGAAAGAACGCAGAUCAGAUCAGCGUGUCCUCGUCAGGAUCCAGCAGCUCUGAAAUUGAGGAAUCAACGAACACGGCCAAGGUUUUUCCUUCGUCUUCCUCUCCUGAUUCCUCUACCAUGUCUAGUUCAUCCUCCAGCUCUCAGCAGGACCUCUGUCUUAAUCCAUCUUCCUCAUCCUCGUCUUCUCCAGCGUCAGCUAACCCUCACCUGGUCUCCUGCCAUAAGCGCUCGUUCUCCAUGACCACCCUGCCCUUCUACAACAGACAGGUGGACGACUCCUGCAUCAUCAGGGUCAGCGUCGAGUUCUGCAACAAUGGCAACAUGUACAAGAGCAUACUGUUGACCAGUCAGGAUAAGACGGCGCAGGUGAUCCAGAGAGCUCUGCAAAAACACAACCUGGAGGAUGUUAGUGAGCAGGAUUUCUCCCUUGUACAAGUCCUGGCCCAAGGCAGAGAGUUGCAUAUUCCAGAAAAGGCCAAUGUGUUUUACGCCAUGUCUACAUCAGCCAACUAUGACUUUGUUCUACGGCGAUGCCCAAAAGGCCAACGGAAGCAACUCAUUCGCUCAGUUUCACUGUCAUCAGGACGAGCGACGAAAUAACUGCGGAUUCGCCCUCGGUGUCUGACGGAUUCCUAUUUCCUGUGCAAACAGUCGUUGAAGACGCGUCAUUCGGACACAAAUGGAGAUGUGUGAGAUCGAAAACAUUUGAAGACUAUAAGACUAUUCUGGUCCACAUUUCACCUUGGAAGGUGAUGACGCCGUUCACAAGCUAUUUUACUUCCAUAAUGUGAUGUAUUUCUGGUUGAAACAGGAUAAUUCUUUGAUGAGAAGUUUUAUCAGUUCGUUUAAUUGGAUUGUGAAAGGUUAGAAUAUGAGGAUUUGGUGACGUCAUUACAUUUUGAUGUAUAAUUCAUUUCUUUGCACUAAUGAAUCAUGCAUGAUACAAUCUAGAACAUUCUUAGAUGAAAAGAUUCUAUAUAGAACCUUAGAGGGUUCUGUUCUAUCAGGAACUUCAUUUAUAGAACAUUUUAUGGCUUUCCAUCAUGGGAUCAUUUCAUGGAUUUACAGUAGUUUUAAUUAAUUCAUUCAUUUUAUGACUUAAAGAGCUUGUAAACAUACCUUUUCAAUGGAAAUGAAGACAUAGAACCUUUUUGGCAUAAAAUGUUCUUUACUCUUAAGUCAAGAACCAAAGUGUGUACAUAUAUAUGUGUAUAUAUCGUGCCAAUUAUGUUGACUGAAGGGCUUUGCAAUGGAAAGGCAACUGUCACAUGUUCAGUUUGAUGAACUGAUAACCCUGUAAAUUGUUUUAAGUGACAAGAGACUGAUAACAAACACGGCACCUUCUUGAAUUCUUAACAUUCAGUGCAGUGAUAAUGGGAUAAAGCAAUGCUUUUCAAUGACCUUCCGCUCUGUCGCGAGACCGUCUAACCAGAUUUACAGUAUGAUAACGCACUUAUACUUCGAAUUGAAACACAAUCGGAGCCUGGAAUAAGACUUUUUCAAUGUUCACACAGACUGUCUAUGGUUGAUACAUCAUCAGUUCACUAUUUACUACUAUAAUUCCUUCUCAUGAAACCAUCAUGAUGCGGGAAGACUGGUGCAGUGGUAUUCCCGAGACACGCUUUCAUGCUGUUGUCCACUGUCAUUUGAUGAACCCAGUUUUUAGAAGAAUAUUUUUUCUGAUUUAUUAUUUAUAUGAGGCUGUGUCUGAUCUUUUUACACCAUUAUGUCUUGAUUCCUCCUUUAUCUGCAGAGAAAUUCAGUAACUUGACUCCCCACAAUCAGUCUUCUUCUACAGACUAAUACUGUACAAGCUCUUGCAGUUUAAAAUGAACAAGAUAAAUUAUAUUAUCACUCUAAGAUGUUUGAAAUGUAGAUAUUUUAGUACUGCAAUACUUAUGUUAGUUUGUGUUGUAAAUUGAAUGCAAUGUAUAUUAUAGUUAUUUUAAUCAUUUCAAUGUUUCAUUUAUUAUUUUUUUAAUGUAUUUGUAUUUUAUUUUAUGUUUUUAUAAUUAUUAUUGUUUUAUUUUUAAAAAAAGAGAAUUUUUUUAACUCCAUGUUUUCUGAACCCUGCAACAUUUCACUGAUGAACUUUAAGCAAUUUUAUCUGAAAAACAAUGUAAAAACCAUGUAAAUAAAUACACAGAAGUGAAACCGUGA